CUCCUCUACAUAAGUGCCAAACAUCUACAGGCUCCGACAUGGAGAAUACGAUGUAUCUGUUUGGCCUAUUCCUUCUUUGGAUUCCUCCCGCCAACGGUUUGGAGGAAGCACAUGUCGUCUACCCUCGACUUCUCGAGGAACGGUCCUCAGAUGGAGCGAUGGUGAUGCGGGUGCACGACCACCUGACACUGAACCUGAGGAAAGCGUCAGUGGCGGCGCCUGAAUUGCGAGUCCUUACUCAAGAAGAUGGGAAGACCGUCACCCACAUGUACAACGGAGAAGACAUUGAAAAGGACUUGUACGAAGACGAAGAUAAGAUCGCCACAGUGGCCGUCACGAGAGACGAGAAAGGCGUUUAUAUGAACGGGCUGGUCGGUCCGAAGCACAGAAUCGAACCUGUUCCGCUUGCGGAGAGGUCCGAACAUGGCGCUGUUCCUCACAAGAUCUACGAAAUCGAGCAUCAAGAAAUGUUGGACACAACCCUCCGCCAUGCUAAGCUAGAUGAAAAACUUGUUAUCAGCGAACGGUGGAAUCCACAACCGACGGCAGUUCCAGCAGCAGUUUACAUCGAACUUUUCUUCGUUGCGGACGGACCACAUUAUAAGCACUUCAGCUCCACUGAGGCACUGUUACGGUACUUGUGCGUCAUGACUAACUCUGUUGCCCUCCGAUUCCGGGCAGCAAAAGAUCCCAAGAUAUUGCUGAUUGUCACCGGUGUUGAAAUGCCUGUGACCGAGCCAUACGCCUAUCUGUACCCUAACAACCCGUAUUAUAUGUACGACGACGGGACUCUGAGAAAGUUCAGGGACUACGCUUACAAAAAUAGGGCACACUACGGCUACCCUGAUGUCGUGUACCUUAUCAGCGGCCGGGACGUGUACGCAGUCAUCGAUGGCAAGGCUAACGUAAACGGCUUGGGAAUUGGCUUCGUGUCCAGCGUAUGCACCGCGUCUUUUGUGGCGCUCGGUGAGGACAAGCCGGAAUUCUACACGGGCAUGCAUACACUUACACACGAACUUGCUCACGUUCUAGGUUCAGAGCACGACGGGGAGGCACCCAAGUCUGCCGGACAUCCGGGUUCGCUGGCCUGCUCUUGGGAUGUGGGAAAUAUCAUGAGCUACAUUGACAGAGGUCCCAGCCACCACCAGUUCUCGGCGUGCAGUCUACGACAGAUGCAGUACGUCCUCAGGAAAGCGGGACCGAUAUGCUGGCAAGUCAGAAGCAAGGGAUACGCGGUGCAUGAUACAUACCCUGGAAUGUUAGUGUCCCAGUUGGCGUACUGCAAGGAGGUCAUACAAGACAAUACCGCCACCAUCGAAUCAUACAGUGUCGUCGAAAAAACUUGCAAAGUUCGCUGCGUCUUCUACAAGUACCAAAAGGUGUUGCAUGGCGCCUACAACUACAACGAAAAGCGCCGUUUUUACCAAGAAGCCAGUGCUCUAGACUACACGUAUUGCGCCGCUUCGAAGGUUUGCAUACAAGGCAUAUGCGUAGUGAAGCCCAACGAGCCAUUCGCGGCUACCACUAAGAACUAUCAGUCUGUCCCAGUCAAACCUACCUCCAGUCCUCUAACUACACGGACAACUGUCAGCAGUCCACAAUGUCCGUGCGACUGCAACACUGCAGCGACACUCCGGCCAAAGGCCGUUCAUCCACGAAGGCCAUGGCCACCCUAUAAUAACCGUGUCAGAAAUGUGUCAUGACGACUACGAAGCUGGGCUACAGCUAGUAGAAAUUUACAACAGACGUUCAUGGUGAGAAACGGCAGAUGACUAGAGCAAUAAACACGCAACAUCAUCAA